GGAGCCGCCGCGCGGUCCUCUCCCGGUCCUGCCCGGGUCCCCAUCCGUCGCAGCCGGCUGCCCGGGGCGGGGGAUGGGGGGUGCAGCGCGCUGCGAGCAAAACUUUGGGUGCCCGCGGCUUUGCCCCCAGCCUGGGCUCCCGGCGAGAGCGCAGCGGAGCGGGGGCUCUAAUGGGGAGCCCCGCUCGCGGCGGGGCUGAGGACCGGCUGCAACGCGGAGCUUCCCGCCUCAAUUUGGGUCCUGCUAAAAACCCGGUGGACAGUAGCAUCCUUCUCCGCUGAAGUUGGCUGGUCUGCAAAGGGUAAAGAUAGAAGCAGACAACAAAAAUGCAGACAGGAGUCGGUGCCUCCUUCGGGGGAGGUCUUUACCUCGGGGUAGCGUACCCCUGCUGCUGUUGGUAGCUCCAGGAAAGCUGGCUCGGGUGUUCCUUAGCGGCAUGGGGGGGAAUACUACUGUCACUGGAAGGAGCCGGCACUGACGGCGAUGGGCGCUCUAAACUUAAAUUAGCCGUGCGCAGUGUCCAGUGGCGGCGACGUACGUGCAGGGACGUGUAACAGUUGGGAUGUAAUCACGUCUGCAAGGUAUGAACUCAACGAGUGUCCCCGGGUAGUGCAAGUACUUACUCACGGUUCUCUUGUUAAUGCUGACCUAAGGUUAUCUCAACCGUGGCCCUCCCCGCCCCCUCCCCGAGGCUCUCCUAACACCUGCUUUCAUGUUUUGCUGCGUGAAAACAAAUUGCCGUAUUUCUGGUUAACUCCUCCAUUACUAGGAAAAUUUUCAUUUCACUUUGUGUGCGUGAGUGUAUGUGUGUGUAUGCGCGCGCUUCUUUUUGCCUAAUGACCGACUUUGGUAGAAAAGCCUUUAUUAAGUCAUUUUGUAAAAUGGGAUCCGUAGAUUGCUAGAGAAGCCGGGUUCAGAUGAAGAAAUCUAAAUCACUUGGGGCUGACUUUUAAAAUGGAGAUGGUGUUUAUUGUUUUUUUUUUUUUUUUAAGCAGUGACUUGCACUUUGCAGAAAGAUUUGUACAUUUGAAGAUUUGUGCGCAAGUUCACAUGGUGGUAGUGGUGGGGGGGAAAUCUGGUGGCCUUGUUUUUGAGUACAAGGAUUUCGAGUUAUCAGUUGCACUCUGAAGGCUGUAUAAUGUGUCACAUUUUUACAGCUGUAAUGCUAAGGAAAAUACAUAAUUAAAAUGCACUAAGGCAACAGUUAAACUUUGUUAGGAAUAUUUUAUUCCUUGUUGCAAGUGAAAACAUUGGUACCUGUUUUACAUUUAUAUGGUUUAUGAAAGUGUACAGGUCUUUUAGUGUAAAAUUUCAAAUGGGUUGUCACAAAUUUUAAAUUCAUUGACAGGCUUCUGUGCUCUGUGAAAUGUGUAAUAUAUCCAUCAUUUUUUAUAUCAUAUUGAAAAUUCAUAUUACUGGGGAGAUGUCACCAUUUGACAAAAGCUCAUGUAUCUUGAAAAUGAAAAUUCUGGUGCUGCUAUAGAGAUUUCUGAUGGGAUGAUGAGUUGGUCAUAUGCAAGGGAAUAUAUUCUCUUGAAUCUUAUCAGAUAAAAUGUAACAUUCUAAAUGGAAUACUUAACACCAGGCUGGAAGUAGUCAUAAGUACAUGUUAUUGUGUCGCUAGGUGAAGGAUUUCCUAAUUUCUCUUUGUUUUUCUUCUAAUGGUAUUUUAUGUGGUUAGGGUUGGUCAUGAUAUUUUGGGAGAAGGGAAACAUUGACUAGUGAAAGUUACAUAUAGUUACAUAGCCCAAGUUACAUAAUUGGCCGUUAUGAGAAAUGCCAGGUUCAGAUCUUCCAAAUAUAACUUUAAUGUGUCUUGGGGUUUCUUUCUACAUGGUAAUGAGAAUUUCUGAGUUAUACUCUGCUUAUUGGUGUGUGUUUGUUUGUAAUGCUUCUAGAUUCUUAAAGAGUUAAGUCUUUAAUUCUGAAACGCAGGUGGCAAUGCGUACUUUCUUUAUAUUGUCCACCAGAGUCAGACCUGAGUUUAUUUAAGUAGGCUCCACUCUGAAUGUGGGGCUUGAACUCACGACCCUGAGAUCAAGAGUUGCUUGCAUGCCAGCCGGGUGUCCCCAGACCUGAGUGUGGCCUUCUGAGGAUGCCUUCUGAGGUGAAGGAUGGUUGGGUCAUAAGUAUCUUAUAUGUUUAGUCUGUGGUGCCCUAGUUUUACUGCUAGGUCUUUGAUAGGCUUAUUGAUUCUGGUAAUGUUUAGUAUAGCCUCCUACAUUCAAUAUAGCCUCGUGUGCUAACAGUUUAUAUUCAUCAGGCUGAAAGGGAUAGAAAUGCCCUUCUCAGUUAUUGCUUUGGGGUUGUUCAUAGUUCUCUGUUUCUCCUUUGGAGUUAUCGCCAGUCACUUAGAUCCAUGGUUCGUUUUUUUUUUUUUUUUUUCUUUAAAGAUUUUAUUUAUUUAUUUGACAGAGAGACAGCCAGCGAGAGAUGGAACACAGCAGGGGAAGUGGGAGAGGAAGAAGCAGGCUCCCAGCGGAGGAGCCUGACAUGGGGCUCCAUCCCAGAUCUCCAGGAUCACGCCCUGAGCCCAAGGCAGACGCCUAACAACUGCGCUACCCAGGCACCCCUGGAUCGAUGGUUCUUGAACUUUGAUGAUGUUGUACCCUAUUUUAAAACGGAGCCAGGCCUACCACAGAUUCACCUGGAAGGCAACCGCCUUGUUCUCACUUGCCUUGCUGAAGGGAGCUGGCCUUUGGAGUUCAAGUGGAUGCACAAUGACCGUGAGCUCACCACCUACACCAGCGAAUAUAAGUAUAUUAUCCCGUCUUUACAGAGGCUUGAUGCUGGGUUUUACCGCUGUGUGGUGCGAAACAGGAUGGGAGCUCUCUUGCAGAGAAGAUCAGAAGUUCAAGUCGCAUAUAUGGGAAAUUUCAUGGAUGCAGACCAGAGAAAAACGGUGUCUCAAGGACAUGCAGCAGUUCUCAACUUACUGCCCAUCCCCAGCUGCCCGAGACCACAAGUGACUUGGUUCAGAGAAGGGCACAAGAUCAUUCCCAGCAACAGGAUAGCCAUCACGCUGGAAAAUCAACUGGUGAUCCUUGCCACGACCGUGGGUGACUCUGGGGCUUACUACGCACAGGCCGUCAAUGAGCGUAACGGAGAGAACAAGACCAGCCCACUCAUUCACUUGAGCAUAGCACGAGAUGUUGGCACCCCUGAAACCAUGGCACCUGUCAUUGUGAUUCCCCCCGGCAACAGAAGUGUGGUGGCUGGGUCCAAUGAGAUCACCUUGGAAUGCAUCGCCAAUGCCAGGCCUGUUGAGGAGCUACACGUGAACUGGAAGAGGAAUGGGGUGAAGGUCACCAGCGGGCUCCACAGCUUUGGGAGGCGCCUCACCAUCGGCAGCCCGACCUCCGCGGACACCGGGCUGUACGUCUGUGAGGCGACGCUGAGAGGAAGCGCUUUCAACGCAGCCACAGCGGAAGCCUUUCUGUCUAUCAUAGAGCCACCGUAUUUUACUGCUGAGCCCGAGAGUCGGAUGCUAGCGGAAGUGGAAGAUACCGUGGAUAUUGCGUGUCAAGCCAUGGGGGUCCCUCUUCCCACCCUGCAGUGGUACAAGGACGCCGUCUCCAUCGGCACCCUCCAGAACCCCCGAUACAAGUUGCUCUCAAGCGGGGGCCUGCGCAUCCAGGGGCUACGUCCAGAAGACUCGGGGAUCUUCCAGUGCUUUGCAAGUAACGAAGGAGGGGAGAUCCAGACCUACACCUACCUGGACGUCACCAAUGUUGCCCCAGCGUUUACUCAACUUCCAGUGGAUACCACGGUCACUGAUGGGAUGACGGCCGUCCUGAGGUGCGAGGUGUCCGGAGCCCCCAAGCCUGCCAUCACGUGGAGGAGAGGAAAACAUAUUUUGGCCAGCGGCUCCGUGCGGAUUCCUAGGUUCAUGCUUCUGGAGUCUGGGGGUCUGCAGAUCGCCCCCGUCUUCAUCCAGGAUGCCGGCAACUACACCUGUUAUGCAGCCAACACGGAGGGGUCCCUGAACGCAUCCGCAGCGCUGACUGUGUGGAAUCGCACGUCCAUCGUUAACCCUCCAGAGGACCGUGUGGUGAUUAAGGGGACCACGGCCAUGCUGCACUGCGGAGCCACUCAUGACCCCCGGAUUACUCUCCGCUACGUCUGGAAGAAGGAUAACACAGUCAUCACCCCGUCUAGCAGUUCCAGGAUCGUGGUGGAGAAGGACGGGUCCCUCCUCAUUAGCCAGACGUGGUCGGGUGACAUCGGAGACUACACGUGUGAAAUCAUCUCCGAAGGAGGGAACGACUCUAGAACAGCCCGGCUGGAGGUGAUUGAACUGCCUCACUCACCGCAGAACCUGCUGGCCAGCCUGAACUCCUCCCACAGCCACACUGUGGUGCUGUCUUGGGUUCGACCCUUUGAUGGAAACAGCCCAGUGCUUUAUUACAUCGUGGAGGUGUCUGAGAACAACUCUCCGUGGAAAGUACAUCUGUCAAACGUCGGCCCCGAGAUGACAGGCGUCGCCGUGCGUGGCCUGACUCCAGCUCGCACCUAUCAAUUCCGGGUGUGUGCCGUGAAUCAAGUGGGCAAGGGCCAGUACAGCGCAGAGACAAGCAGGUUGAUGUUACCCGAAGAACCACCCAGUGCCCCCCCAAAGAAUAUCGUGGCCAGUGGGCGUACCAAUCAGUCCAUCAUGGUCCAGUGGCAGCCACCCCCAGAAACAGAGCACAACGGGGUGCUGCGUGGGUACAUCCUCAGGUACCGCUUGGCCGGCUUGCCAGGAGAACACCAGCAGCGCAACAUCACCAGCCCAGAGGUCAACUACUGCCUGGUGACAGAGCUGAUCAUCUGGACGCAGUACGAGAUCCAGGUGGCAGCCUACAACGGGGCGGGCCUGGGCGUCUUCAGCAGGGCCGUGACCGAAUACACCCUCCAAGGAGUGCCUACUGCACCCCCACAGAAUGUGCAGACAGAAGCUGUGAAUUCCACAACCAUCCAGUUCUUCUGGAACCCUCCACCUCAGCAGUUCAUCAACGGCAUCAACCAGGGAUACAAGCUCCUCGCAUGGCCAGCUGAGGUCCCCGAGGCCACCGCUGUGGUCACCAUUGCACCAGAUUUCCACGGAGUCCACCACGGGUAUAUAACGAACCUGAAGAAGUUCACUGCUUACCGCACCUCAGUUCUGUGUUUCACCACUCCAGGAGACGGGCCUCCAAGCACGCCUCAGCUCGUAUGGACUCACGAAGACAAACCAGGAGCUGUGGGACAUCUGAGUUUCACGGAGAUUCUGGACACAUCCCUCAAGGUCAGCUGGCAGGAGCCUCUGGAGAAAAAUGGCAUCAUUACAGGCUACCAGGUUUCCUGGGAGGUGUACGGUAGGAACGGCUCCCGGCUCACCCACACCCUCAGUAACACAACUCAAGAGUACAAAAUCAAAGGAUUAUUGUCGCUCACCACCUACACCAUUGACGUGGCUGCUGUCACCGCCGCAGGGGCUGGCCUAGCCACUUCGUCCACCAUUUCUUCUGGAGUGCCCCCAGAGCUCCCUGGCGCCCCGUCCAAUCUGGUCAUUUCCAACAUCAGUCCCCGCUCAGCCACACUUCAGUUCCGACCGGGCUACGACGGGAAGACCUCCAUCUCCAGGUGGAUCGUAGAGGGUCAGGUUGGAGCCAUUGGUGAUGAGGAGGAGUGGGUGAGCCUCUAUGAGGAGGAGAAUGAGCCUGACGCCCAGAUGCUGGAGAUCCCAAACCUCACGCCCUACACUCAUUACAGAUUUCGCAUGAGGCAGGUGAACGUCGUCGGUGCUAGCCCCUUCAGCCAGUCAUCCCGGGUCAUCCAGACCCUGCAGGCCCCCCCCGACGUGGCUCCCACCAGCAUCACUGUGCGGACAGCCAGCGAGACCAGCCUGCGGCUCCGCUGGGUGCCGCUGCCCGAUUCCCAGUACAACGGGAACCCUGAGUCAGUGGGCUACAGGAUUGGGUACUGGCGCCCCGACCUCCAGGCUCCGGUGCUGGCACAAGUCAUCAACGACCGGCUGGAGAGGGAGUUCACCAUCGAGGGGCUGGAGGAGUGGACGGAGUACGAACUCCAGAUGCAGGCGUUCAACGCCAUCGGGGCCGGGCCCUGGAGCGAGACGGUUCGGGGCCGCACGCGGGAGUCAGUUCCUUCAGCCGCCCCUGAAAACGUGUCCGCUGAGGCCGUCAGCUCCACCCAGAUUUUACUGACGUGGGCUUCGGUGCCUGAACAGGACCAGAACGGGCUCAUACUGGGCUACAAGAUUCUGUUCCGGGCCAAAGACCUGGACCCCGAGCCCCGCAGUCACGUCGUGCGAGGGAACCACACGCAGUCGGCGCUGCUGGCCGGACUCCGGAAGUUCGUGCUGUACGAGCUCCAGGUGCUGGCGUUCACCCGCAUCGGCAACGGAGUCCCCAGCUCUCCGCUCAUCCUGGAGCGCACCAAGGACGACGCCCCGGGCCCUCCUGUGAGGCUUGUGUUCCCAGAGGUGAGACUCACGUCCGUGCGGAUCGUGUGGCAGCCGCCGGAGGAGCCCAACGGCAUCAUUCUGGGGUACCAGAUCGCCUACCGCCUGGCCAGCAGCAGCCCCAACACAUUCACCACGGUGGAGGUGGGCGCCACAGUGAGGCAGUUCACGGCCACGGAGCUGGCCCCAGAGUCCGCGUACAUCUUCAGGCUGUCGGCCAAGACGAGGCAAGGCUGGGGGGAGCCGCUGGAGGCCACCGUCAUCACCACUGAGAAAAGAGAGCGGCCAGCUCCCCCCAGAGAGCUGCUGGUGCCACAGGCAGAAGUGACCGCGCGCAGCCUCCGGCUCCAGUGGGUCCCGGGCAGCGACGGAGCCUCCCCCAUCCGCUACUUCACCGUGCAGGUGCGAGAGCUGCCGGGGGGAGAGUGGCAGACCUACUCCUCGUCCGUCAGCCACGAGGCCACAGCCUGUGCUGUCGAAAGGCUGAGGCCGUUCACCUCCUACAAGCUGCGCCUGAAAGCCACCAAUGACAUCGGGGACAGUGACUUCAGUGGAGAGACGGACGCGGUCACCACGCUGCAGGACGUUCCGGGAGAGCCUCCAAGUUUCGUCUCGGUGACGCCGCACACCACGUCCUCUGUUCUGAUCCAGUGGCGGCCUCCAAGAGACGAAAGCCUGAACGGCCUUCUUCAGGGAUACCGGAUCUACUACCGGGAGCUGGAGUCAGAGGCAUCGUCAGCCUCCGUGUCCAAGACGCUCAAAACCCCUUCGGCUUUACGGGCUGAGCUCGCAGCCCAAAGCAGCUUCAAGACCGUGAACAGCAGCUCCACGUUAACGACAUACGAAUUAACACGUCUGAAGAAGUACCGGCGCUACGAGCUCAUCCUGACGGCCUACAACAUCAUCGGCGAGAGCCCGGCAAGCGCGCCCGUGGAGGUGUUCGUCGGCGAGGCCGCCCCGGCCAUGGCUCCACAGAACAUCCAGGUGACCCCGCUCACGGCCAGCCAGCUGGAGGUCACGUGGGACCCGCCGCCACCGGAGAGCCAGAACGGGAACAUCCAGGGCUACAAGGUUUACUACUGGGAGGCAGGCAGCCAGAACGAAACAGAGAAGAUGAAGGUCCUGUUCCUGCCGGAGACGGUGGUGAAGCUGAAGAACCUGACCAGCCACACCCAAUACCUGGUCAGCAUCUCGGCCUUCAACGCCGCGGGAGACGGGCCUCAGAGCGCGCCCAGGCAGGGGCGCACCCAUCAGGCCGCUCCUGGGACCCCCAGCUUUUUGGCGUUCUCAGAAAUAACCUCUACCACGCUUAAUGUCUCGUGGGGCGAGCCAGCGGCAGCCAACGGCGUCCUGCAGGGCUACCGAGUGGUCUACGAACCUUUAGCACCCGUCCAAGGGGUGAGCAAGGUGGUGACGGUGGACGUGAAGGGGGACUGGCAGCGCUGGCUGAAGGUGCGCGAUCUCACCAAAGGGGUGACCUACUUCUUCCGCGUGCAGGCGCGGACCAUUGCCUACGGGCCUGAGCUGCAAGCCAAUGUCACGGCCGGGCCAGCUGAGGGCUCCCCAGGGUCCCCCAGAGAUGUCUUGGUCACCAAGUCUGCCUCCGAACUGACCCUGCAGUGGACCGAGGGAAACGCGGGCAGGACACCCACCACCGGCUAUGUCAUUGAGGCCAGGCCCUCAGACGAAGGCCUCUGGGACAUGUUUGUGAAGGACAUCCCCCGCAGCGCCACAUCCUACACCGUCAGCCUGGACAAGCUCAGGCAGGGAGUGACCUACGAGUUCCGGGUGGUGGCCGUGAACCAGGCGGGCUACGGGGAGCCCAGCAGCCCCUCCACGGCCGUGUCAGCUCAAGUGGAAACCCCGUUCUACGAGGAGUGGUGGUUCCUCCUGGUGAUGGCGCUCUCCAGCCUCAUCGUCAUCCUGCUGGUGGUGUUCGCCCUGGUCUUGCACGGGCAGAAGCGGAGAUACAGGAGCUGCGGCACAGGUAAGAGCAUCUCCAACAUGGAGGAGUCUGUGACCCUGGACAACGGAGGGUUUGCUGCCUUGGAGCUCAACAGCCGUCACCUCAACGUCAAGAAUACUUUCUCGAAGAAGAACGGGACCAGGUCCCCACCCCGGCCCAGCCCUGGCGGGCUGCACUACUCGGACGAGGACAUCUGCAACAAGUACAACGGAGCCGUGCUGACCGAGAGCGCCAACCUCAAGGAGAAGUCGGUGGACGCUUCGGAAUCGGAGGGCACCGACUCCGAGUCCGAGGACGCGCCCCCCCAGCACUCCUUCGUCAACCACUACAUGAGUGACCCCACCUACUACAACUCAUGGAAGCGGCGGGCCCCGGGCGGGCGCGCCCCGCACAGGUACGAGGCGGUGGCAGGCGGUGAGGCGGGGCCGCAUCUGCACACUGUGGUCACCACGCAGAGCGCCGUGUUCGUGCCAGGGGGCCCCGGCGCCCGGACUCCACUCACCGGCUUCUCCUCCUUCGUGUGACAGCCCCCGCGGGGCCUCAGCGACCUCCCAGCCUCCUUUUGUUAAGACAAUCAACUCCAAUAACUGAGCUCAAGCUUUUGUUUAAGAGAAUUCUGAUAAGUGAUGAUUUUGCCUACUUGUGGACACUAGAUUUCAAUUAGGAAGGUUUUUUUAACGGCUUUUUGUAACAUCGCUGCAGGAAGCGGGUUUCUUUGUGUUCUUUUCUUUUUACGAGAAGGUGUAUUUCAGUGGUGCAAUGGCGGGAAGGCCUCAGACCCCCCCCACCCCCAGCCCCGGGUUUCUCCAUCCCGAGGCCCGACUGGGGAGGCUGCGGGGAAGGAAGAGCAGGGGUCCAGGGAGCUGUCCACCCGCGUCCAGGCCGCUCUUCCUCUUCUCUACCUCCCGAGCCUCCGGAGAACCUGCUGCGCGCCAGACUCUGCCUCGGCGCCACCGCCUGGCUGGGCUCUCACCGCCUCCCGGGGCCUGCAGGACGAAGUCUGCCCCGGGCUCGGCGCUUUUCCACCCGACUGCAUCCACCUCUGAACUAUUCUCCCUCCGCAGCUUCUAGGCAAGGAAUCAGCUUCCGGGUUCCUGGCAAGGGGGCAAGAGAUUUCGAGGUGGGGUCCUCUGACCCGGUGAUGACUCCGUUGGUUGCACCCUGUGUCAUUCCAGUGGUGAAAUAUCGGGUCUUUUUUCUUCCUUUCUCUCCUUAAACCUGACGGUGCAGAGCAGGAAACCACCCCCAGGGCUGGAAGCCGCCAGGCCGGCCCUCACUUAGCAAGCUAGCUCCUUCCUGAGAACACAGCACACGGCCAGCCCCGCGAACCCAGAGAGAACCAGACGGCGCUUGCAGAAUUGCUUGUUGUGUAAGACGUGUGCAUUGUUAACCAGAGUAUUUUUUAAAUCUUUUUAUCUUUUUUUAAACUAUGUCACAUGAAAUGAAUGAGUCUCUGCUGUCUCCAGGUGCCUUUUUAUUAAUUGUUUAGCUUUGUAUAUGAGAAAGACGAAAAGCGUCAGUGUCUCCAAAUAAAGCAAAAUAGCUCUGAGCAAACGAGGCCCUGAGUUGCCUGCUCCCUGCCAGGCCUCCUGCGCAGGUGGGCGCUGGCCUUCUUCUGAGCGCGGCCCCCUGGUCUCCUUGCUCCGCCCGCUGCCCACUCCUUGACCACCAGGGCUGCUGCUGUCCCCUCCCCCAACCCCAGCCCAGCUUCUAGCCUUAACCGGUUUUCCGGAAUUUUUUUUUUUCCCUUUGCUAUUGUUUUGUUUCAGUUUUUUAGCUACAUGAAAAGAGCAUGAACGACGUUGAAAAUUCGAGAUUCCAAACCAUAGCUGUGGCCCCAGCCAUCACAUUAUUCCUGCAAGAGGGGCCUGAUGUGGCUGAGGAGCAGGUGGCCAACCCUCCAGGCCAGAGCCUAGGUCCAGGCGUACGCAGCGUGCGGCUGGUGCCAGUGGGAGCCGCCCAGAGCUCCGGGAGGGCCCGGUGUCCCCGCCUCGCCAGGAGUGUGGCCAUGACACUGCCCAGCCAUUCUGUUGACACCCCAAAGGCCCCAGGGGAGCGAGGCAGGUGCCGUCCUCCCAGGUGACCUGCCGGUGCCCUGAGGGCGGGGGAGCCUGUCUCCAGGCCACAUGGAGAGCGUGUGGUGUCUACUCAGCUGUCUUCCUUCUGCAGCUCCACAGGGCCCUCUGCUUUCAGAGACGCUGCCCAUGGCCCCAGGAGACCGAGGAGAGUUUUGUGUUGGGUGACAAGCCCCUAUUUAGUUUUUUCAAAACUAGAGGGUAUUAAAGGUUCCUUUCUCCCUCUCUCAGUCCCCUCCUUUUCCGUCCCCCCCUUCCUUCUCUUCUUCUUGCCUUCUUUUUCUGAGCGGAGGCGGAAAUAUUCUAAACCAAAAAUCCUAGACGCUCUUCCCAAAGCCACUUGUGCGUGAGAAUCACCCCCACCCCCACCACAGUUCACCGGACACAGGAUUCACCUCUGGUCUGGAGACCCCCUCCUUGCUCUCGGCCCCGCGAUGGCCGGCAAAGGGGGCAGGAAACCGCGAAGCUGCAAGCGGAACUUCUUGGAAGACAGGCACCCAGCAGAGAACUCAGACCCUGCCUUCUGUGCGCUUCGCUCUCUAAGCCAUAUGGACUUUGCUUUAAAUAAUGGGGGAAAGUGUUAGAAAGUGUUGGAAUGAGGACGAUUUGGUUUAAGGUAUGUUCUUUGCUUUGGAGGUUUCUGCUGCAACAUGACACUUUUUUUUUAGGUUCAUUCUCUUUCCCAUGCUUUCUCUACCUUCCCUGAACUUGCUUUGUGUGGAACUGAGGCUACGCUGGCUGCGGACGGACUGUUAGCACCCGCACUCUAGCCCAUCCCCCGGGAGAGAGGGCACCAAAGGAAAAGAGGGUGUUGGCAGCCCGGUUUCUGCCUCCCCCAGCAGCAUGCACCUGGACAAGCGUCACUUCCUGGCCUCUCACCUUUAAGGAGGAAAAAAAAAGUAUCUCACACGAACAAGCAACAUUUCUUUAACCAAGGCAAGACAAAACGUCCGCUUCUCGUCUUCUGUAGUGACGUCCUCCGGGUGCUUCCGCAGUAGCUGAGCCCCCCCCCCACGCACGCCGUCGGGUGGGUCAUUGGAGAUUGCGCUGACAGGAGAGGGUGAACCAGUGAAGUGGCCAGGAGGGGCCGGGCUCUCUGUCGGAGCUGCCCCUCUCCGCCAGGCAGCAGAGCACAGCUUUCCAGACAGGUGAGCAGCGGGGCGGCUGCAGGCGGUACCCGCACCCGGCGGGUGUGAAGCACGUCAGCAUGGUUUGUGAACCCCCUCCUGGAUAAGUCAGCCCACACCGAACCCCUCCUCCCCUUGCCUCCCCCUCCGCUGCUCUCACUGCCAUGCUUUUAAGGAGUACUCGAUGAGAUGCCGUACCAGAGGACGGUGUGACUAGGGCAACAUGGGGACCCAUGCCCCCGCGAGCGAGGGACGAGGCCCUCGGCCAGGGAAAACGUCCACGCCACCAGGAGGAAGGGUCGCGCGUGCUCUGUAAACUUCUUUUGAUGCUGGGCUUGCACUUGAUCACGAUGGACUGAAGCAUGGUGUUUGCGUAAUGGAUCGUAGCAUGGUUUCUAGUUUUUACAAAUUCUUGGCACACGGUGUAGUUAUUCUCCCAAUGAGCAACCCAUCCGAGUAUCCAAAUCUGGAAGUCCUUAAUGCAGCAUCCCUGUAGCGUGGAUCCGGUCGGGAAGGCAGAAACACUGUGGCCAUCCGUGAGCUGAGCUAGUCGGCGGAGGCACGCCUCAUCUCCCCUCCGUCGCCUUCUGGGUUAUCGAGAGUCUAGGUCGUCCUGAAAUUUUCCCGACAACGUUUUCUGGAAUUGUGCAGAAAACCAGAUCUCAUUUAAAAAAAAAAAAGAAAGAAAGAAAAAAGAAAAAAACUUGUAGGAAGACAGAGAGGUGCUAUGGGUACGAUUUUUAAU